AUGUCGAAUGAUGCUUUUGCUACUUCUUUACACGGCGAUGAGAUUAUAACUGGCCAGCACGUAAGACAACAGCCGUGGAUCAAGAGCACAGAUGAGAGCAAAUUGGUGCUACUAAAUGAAAACUGCGCUCGUUAUACGAGCAACUCUGUGAAAGGAAGCCCGCCACAACGCUCUGUGAAGAGUAGUUUCCGGAGAAUUUUGCGCAGAACCACAAACUACAUCCCGCGCUCCAAGGCUCAAAAAAACCCUGCAUUUUUGGGUCCUAUGACCUACAAUCAGGCUUAUCUUUCUAGAAAUGUUGAAAAAGCAAACCAGUUUGCUAGGGACGAAGGCCUUUUAAGAGACAUGUAUCAUAGGCUACAAGUGGGCAUUUACAUGACAAAGAUUACUCGAAAAAAACAAGUGGAUCAUGUGUUUACUAUAAAUGAUGGCAUGCUAUCUUGGCGCGAAUCUAAAAGUAUAGACCUCGAUACUAUCAAAGAUGUCCGGUGUGGUGAGAUGGCCAAAAAUUACAUCGAAGAUUAUAAAGCAUCUCCAUCCACUGCUCGUCUCUGGAUUACUAUCAUUUACCAAGUUUCCUCGAAAUUCCGUGCACUCCAUGUCGUAGCUCGUAACCUAGAUGACCUAGAGUGCUUCUACCUUGGUAUUGUCAACUUGGUCGAUUCGAGACGUAAUUUGAUGAAGAGCAUAAAAAACCCGGAAGAUGACAUGUUCGCGAAUAUACAUUGGCAUGCAAGUGUGUCCUCAGAAAAGUGUGCUGAAAGUGUCGAGGUCUUGUCUUUUAAUGAUGUCAAAACUCUUUGCUCAAAGUUCAGUAUAUUUUGCUCGGAUGUUUAUUUAAGAGAGGUCUUCAAUACUGCGGAUGCUAACUCUAAUGGUUUGCUUAACUUCACGGAAUUUCAAAAAUUUGUUAAACUGCUGAAAGAAAGGAAGGAGCUGUCCAGGAUAUGGCUUAAUAUCACAAAUGGGGAGGCAAUGUUAACGUUGGAAGGAUUUGGUCGAUUUGUCCGGCAAGCUCAACAUGAAGAAAUUAAUUCUGAAACUGUUUUCAAAGAAUUUAAUAAGUUUAAACAAGACAAUUGCUUGAUGAGCCUAGACGGUUUUCAAAAAUACUUGUCAUCACAACCUUACUUGCGCGAUGUCGACAUGGAUUACUCAAUGCCCAUCAACAAAUACUUCAUUUCAUCCUCACACAACACCUACCUUCAAGGCAAACAACUCGGAGAGUCUCCAACCGUUGAAACCUAUAUUCAUGCUUUACAGCAGGGCUGCCGAUGUAUUGAAAUUGAUAUAUGGGAUGGGGAAGAUGGCCCUGUAGUUUGUCAUGGAAAAUUGACGGGCUCUUUGCCUUUGCAGAACGUUAUUCGUGUUGUUAGAAAAUACGCAUUCAUGACAUCCCCUUACCCUUUGAUACUAUCAUUAGAGAUUCACUGCAAGCCUGUAAAUCAGCUAGUAACUGAACGUAUUUUAAGGGAUCUCUUGGGGGAUCAAAUUUACCAUGGUUCUGAAAAUGGGAGACUUGUCUCACCUUCAAAGCUGAAGCAUAAGUUUUUGAUUAAAGUCAAAAAAUCAAGUACAGUUAGGGCUACACCCGAUGAUGAACCCACCUCCUCAACUUCCGCGAGCUCAUCAUAUGAUUCCGAGAUUGACUCUCAAAAAACAACUGGAAGAAGACUGAGCAUAUCAAAAAAAAUCCACGUAAUUGAGAGUUUAGUGGCAGCAUCCGCAAUUCAUGGGGUGAAGUUUAGAAACUUCUCGCUACCAGAGUCCAAAGUCCCCAAUCAUUGUUUUUCACUCAGUGAGAAGAAACUUGAUAAUCUAGGGAAAGACGAGGCUCAAAGAUUAGCAAUAGAUAAGCAUAACAGACGUUUUUUGAUGCGUGUGUAUCCCCAUGCACUUCGUUAUAGAUCGUCGAACUUUAAUCCUAUUAGAUUUUGGGAGGCCGGGGUGCAAAUGGUUGCCACCAAUUGGCAAACUUAUGAUCUGGGCCAACAACUGAACAAAGCCAUGUUUCAGCUACCGCUGGAAGAAUCUUCUCUUUGGCACUCGGGUUACGUUUUGAAACCAAGCUACUUAGCACGCGACGUGAAUAAGACGAAUGAGAUAGAAGACCUUUAUGCAUCAUUGAAAAGCAAAACAAUGAUCCUCUCAAUCGAGGUUCUUUCUGCACAGUUACUUCCUAAGCCCAAAACACUCAAGCAAAAACAGUCUUCCUACAAUUUCAGUGUGAAGCUUGAAGUACACAGCAACAUGCCUGUUGAAACUUUCGAAGUUUUUAAUGGGGUGACCACUAGCGAGUCUUCCGGCUCAACACAGUGCUGCAAGGAAAACGGAUUCACACCUACUUGGGAGGCCCUAUUCAAAGUGACUUUAGCAGAUACCUUUUUCAAUUUCUUGUUAUUCACGGUGAAAGCCGGCGACACCGACCUCGCCUCGUGCUGUUUAAAAGUUGAUUACCUAAGAAAGGGCUAUCGGCAUGUCCCACUAUAUAGUGGAAGUGGUGAGCGAUUCAUUUUUUCUACGUUGUUUUUAGGCGUUAACUACUAUUAUGUUUAA